AUGAUAAGUUUGGUACUCACUGCUUAUUCGUCCCAUCAAUAUUGUUGGCCACGUAUCAUAUACGCUCAUUCCGGGUGUGUUUUGCUUUGUCUAUACAUCAGAAGAUCAAGAUACAACGAAGUAUUCGUCAAUCUUCAACAAAAAYGUUCUGGUUUUGUUUUAGCGACACCAGUACAGAAAAAUGCUGUCAUCAGUGAAGUGAACAAGCUUCUCUCAAAUAAAGGCUUUUCUCCAUUCCACUUCAAGAAGGACUUCGUGAAGAUAAUAAGCGGGCAAGAGGAGGCUUUAUAUGGAUGGAUCACAGUGAACUUCAUCAAGGGAGUCUUCUCACAGAAGACGUCAGGCUGGUCGUCCUACUGGGUAAGAUUGACGAAUUUCCUGAAGGGAAUCUUCUCGCAGAAGACGUCUGGCAGAACUUACGGAGCGCUUGAUUUGGGAGGAGCGUCAACUCAGAACACAUUUAGGACAAGAAAAGACAGCCCACUUGUGACGUUUGAGCCAACCUUGGCGGGAAAAACCUAUCCCGUGUUUGCGCACAGCUAGCUACCUGUCUUUCGGAGUCAACGAAGCCAGACAAUCAUACUACGAAUAUCUGGUGACG